AUGGCUGGGAAGAAGGUUUUGGUGAAAGCAGUGUUACAGGCCAUUCCUACCUAUGCCAUGAAUGUGUUCAAAUUUCCAGUUGGCUUGUGUAAUGAGUUAAACUCGGUUGUUGCCAAUUUUUGGUGGGGGAAAAAAGGAGGAAAAGGAGUGCAUUGGAAAAAAUGGGAUUCUCUAUGUGAACCAAAGGAGAUGGGAGGGCUUGGUUUUCAAAAUUUUGAAAGUUUUAGCCAAGCAAUGGCAACUAUUGGUAAUUAUCCAUCGUAUGUUUGGCGAUCUAUUCUUUGGGGUCGUGACCUUGUGGUGAAUGGUUGCAUCAAUAGAAUUGGUAAUGGCAGGUUGACACGCAUCUAUGAUGACAGAUGGAUUCCCAAACCUCCCUCUUCAAAAUCUGGAGUCCUAAAGUUCUUCAAGAUGGAGCUCUUGUGA